AUGAACGAUGCCAGUGUGGUGUGUAGGGAGCUCCAGUGCGGAGUCGGUGAGAAAGCUUAUAACCUCCCUAAGUCUGAACGAGGAACGGGCCCCGUGGGGCUGAGAAGGGUCCAGUGUGCAGGAAAUGAGACUAAUCUGACGCUCUGCAUCACCUCCAUAUCUGAGACAGCCCAGGCAGGAAUUGCUGAGGAUGUCGGCGUCGUUUGCUCAGGAAGCAGGCGGAUCAGACUGGUGAAUGGGGCAGGUCGCUGCGCCGGGAGAGUGGAGAUUUAUUACCAUGGCAGCUGGGGGACAGUCUGUGAUGAUUCCUGGGAUCUGUCAGACUCCAAUGUCGUUUGCAAACAACUGGGAUGUGGACACGCCAUCAAUGCAACUGUCUCUGCUCAUUAUGGGCAAGGAUCUGGGCAGAUCUGGCUGGAUGAUGUGAACUGCUCUGGGAAGGAAUCCGAACUUUGGGAGUGUCCUUCCAGAGGCUGGGGACAGCACAACUGCAGACACAAAGAGGAUGCGGGAGUUCUCUGCUCAGAAUUCACAGAUCUGAGACUGGUGAAUGGCAGUGACUGUGCUGGGCGACUGGAGGUUUUCUACAGUGGGACUUGGGGCAGUGUUUGCAGCAGUCCUAUGGAUUCCGUCACCAUGGCACUUAUAUGUAAACACUUGGACUGUGGAGACAGAGGGACACUUUUGAAAGAGUUAACACAUGGAAGCGGCUCUGGCCCGACCUGGGUUGAUGGUGUUCGGUGUGAUAAGCAGCACAGCUCCCUUUGGCAAUGCCCGUCAGACCCUUGGAAACAACAAUCGUGUAGCAGAGGAGAAGAAACCAAUAUUGCUUGUGAAGGAAAGAAAGGGAAACCUACUCAAUGCCUGAACUCUACAAGCUGUACAGACCAGGAGAAGUUACGUAUCGUGGGAGGAGAGAACAGAUGCUUGGGCAGAGUGGAGGUUUGGUACCGUGGCUCCUGGGGAACAGUUUGUGAUGACUCCUGGGACAUGGCGGAUGCUAAUGUUGUGUGUAAACAACUGGGCUGUGGAACUGCUGUAUCUGCCCUGCGCGAGGCUGCAUUCGGUGAGGGGACUGGUCCCAUCUGGGUGGAGAUGUUGAACUGCAGAGGGACAGAGUCAUCUCUCUGGGACUGUCCUGCCAAGCCCUGGGGUGAGAGUAACUGUGACCAUAAGGAAGAUGCUGCCGUGAAUUGCUCAGGUGUGACACGGACGACAGAUUCACCAAAUACCCCAGCUCCCGCUCGCCGUCCUCUGUCCUCUGACAGUGGGAGAGUCACGGUGCCCGUGGUCAUCUGCAUUAUCCUGGGGGCCCUGCUCUUCCUGGUCCUAAUCAUUCUGGGGGCGCAGGUGCGAAGUGCCAGGGCAAAGCGCAGAGGUUCCAGAAGACCCCUGGAUCCCUUCUCUGAGGCCGUAUAUGAGGAGAUUGAUUAUAACCUGAUGAGAGAGAAGCAGGAGAUGUUCAGUCGCUCAGUCUCCUAUUCAGAUGACUCAGUGACGAAGCUGCAGUAUUACACCGGGGACAGCGAGGGGGAAAACGAUCCUGGAUCAGAACAAGAGGGAGCUUCCCCAGGGAGGUCUCAGCUGGAUUAUGAUAACGUGGAGGAGCCUGCCUUGAACUAUGUCCCCCAGACUCCAGACGGCCGAGAUGCCCCUGCCCUGCCUGGAGAUGUCACAGGGGAUGGUUAUGAUGAUGCUAGAGAAGUGUCUGACUCUGAAGGUGACCCUGCUUUGGGGCAGAAUGAUGAGGAAGGCACUGGGGCAAGUGACAGGGAUUCCCAGACAGGUUGGAGUCGGCACUCGCUAAGGAGUAAAGUUGUCUCUGGGAUGGACAGGGAAACCCCGGUUCCGCUUCCUGGAGACACAGGUUAUGAUGAUGUGGAACAUGGUGACUCUGGGGGAUCAAUAUCAGAACAAUUUGAUUGGAAAAAAUAACCUUGUGCUGAUGUAAACGCUUCUCCUCUUUCUCUCAGAAAUGCUCCGUCUGCUAUGACGGCCUAGAGACAGUCCCUGCCUGGUAUAUAGACAAAGCAGGUGUUUUUAUAGGAUUUGUGUGAAGUUGCAGGAAAUACAAGUGGGAGUUGGAAAAGAUUCGUAAACUUUCUUUGUAUAAUUUUCCAUU